AUGGAAGAAGAGCAACCUCCAGCCAAGAAACGAAACAUGGGAAGAUCUAGAAAAGGUUGCAUGAAAGGUAAAGGCGGUCCACAAAACGCUACGUGCACUUACCGUGGAGUUAGGCAACGGACUUGGGGUAAAUGGGUCGCUGAGAUCCGUGAACCUAACCGUGGCACCCGCCUCUGGCUCGGCACUUUCAAUACCUCCGUGGAAGCCGCCAUGGCUUACGAUGAAGCUGCUAAGAAACUGUAUGGACACGAGGCUCAACUCAACUUGUUACACCCACAACAACAACAACAACAACAACAACAAAAGCUAGGAGUGAAUAGGAACUUGUCUUUUUCUGGCCACGGGUCAGGUUCUUGGCCUUAUAAGCUCGACACGGUUCGUGGGUUGGAGCUUGGUCUCGGUACUUCAAAUGGGUCACGUGGCUCGUGGUUGGGAGGUUUUAGUUUAAUACAAGAUCAUCAUAAUAAUUCUAAUCAUUACUUAUCUUCAAGUGAGUCGAAUUUUUCUUGGUUAUUACCAAAACGAAGUAGUUCACAAGAUCAAGAAAGUGUUAAUGCUAGCAGUGAAGGUGGUGGCUUAACGUAUUCGACAAAGUUGAAACAGCAGAACAUGAUGAUGACUCCUUCAGAUUACGGAACACGAAAUGGAGUUUGGUCUAGGUUUCUUGUGGGGCAAGAGAAUAAGACGGAAUGUGACGUGUCAUCAUCGUGUGGCUCGUCAGACAAUAAGGAGAGUGUGUCGGUUCCUAGUGACGAAGGUGGAGAAAAGUUGCAUAGGCCGGAGGUGGAGGUGGAAACAGGGUAUUUGGAGAUGGACAAUCUUUUGGAGAUUGAUGAUUUGGGUUUGUUGAUCGGCAAAAACGGAGACUUCAAGAACUGGUGUUGUGAUGAGUUUCAACAUCCAUGGAACUGGUUCUGA